UACAGAUAACGGAUGGUGUGAGAAACCGAUGUUGUAGAAUUCAGGUUCCAGCUAUUAAUUUGGAUUUUUGAAGUAUAUAGCUACAAGAAGAGGCCGAAGAUUAUUAUAAAAUAUUAUCGAGUUACAUAAGGUGGUCCUGACAGACGUUUUGGUUUUAGCGGCGAUGGAGAGUUCAGACAAUACAGAUCAAGGGGGGAAUGAGCAGACCGAUUUACAACGUAGGCAGCAACUGGAUCGGCUUGGCAGGGAGGAGGCCUUUUACCAAUUUGUUAACGGUCUGAGUGAAGAAGAUUACAGACUGAUGAGGGACAACAAUCUCCUUGGCACCCCAGGUGAGAUUACUCAGGAGGAGUUGUUGAACCGCCUCCAGCAAAUCAAAGAUGGUCCUGAGCAGCCACCCCAUAGCAGCAGUGGUAGCAGUAGCAGCAGUCCUGAAGGCAUUAGGGAAGAGCCCAGUGUAACAGAAUCCGAGGGUGCUGAGGAAACCUCUAAUGGAGACAUCCUCCUCGACUGGCUCAACACUGUGCGUCAGACGGGCAACACCACAAGAAGUGGUCACCGGGGAAACCAGUCAUGGCGGGCUGUGAGCCGAACCAAUCCGAGCAGUGGAGACUUCCACUUCAGCUUGGAGAUCAACGUCAACCGCAACCUAGCUGAGCAGCAGACGCAGACUGAGGCAGAACAGCUGGAUGGCGGCCAGGCCAGUUCAGAUGGCCCAGUGCAGGAGCCUGAGGUACCCAUGGAGACAGCAGAGGUACUUGAAGAGCCUGUGGUGGAGGAGGUGGCUGUUAUAGUAGAGCCAGAGGUACCUGUUCCUGACAGCCUGCCUGUGACGAGAUCACCCAGUCCCCCCGUGACCAGGCCGUCCGGUCCCCCCGUGACCAGGCCGUCCGAUCCCCCCAUGACCAGGCCGUCCGAUCCCCCCGUGACCAGGCCGUCCGGUCCCCCCGUGACCAGGCCGUCCGGUCCCCCCGUGACCAGGCCGUCCGCUCCCCCCGUGACCAGGCCGUCCGAUCCCCCCGUGACCAGGCCGUCCAGUCCCCCAGUGACCAGACCGUCCAGCCCCCAGAAUCAGGUUUUAUCUCCACCAAGUCUGCCUCUAGUGGAACAAACACGCAGAGGCCAGAUCAGAGCGAGGAGCCGGAGCCCAGAGCAACGCAGAACAAGGGCCCGUACAACUAGGAGUCGUUUGCCUCUCAAUCUUGACCAGCUGGAUGGACUUCCUCAAGCCCGCCAUAGCCUGCCCUCUCGCAGCCAUGAGCCUGUCCUAGAAGCUCAGGUAGAGGGUAGCUCCAGGACUCGGCUGCAUGUUAUGUCCAGGCAGAGCGCCAUACAGGCAGAUAGCCAGGAGCCACUAGCCUCUACAGAGUCACCACCUGUGUCUCAGGCACACCAGCAAGGGGAGGUGCCUCCUGGAGAUGCAGGAGCCUCAGGACGACGCCCUCCAACUAUAAUGCUGGAUCUUCAGGUACGAAGGGUGCGACCUGGAGAGUAUCGUGAGCGAGACAGCAUCGCUAACCGCACCCGCUCUCGUUCGCAGACCUCCAACAACACUCUCUUGUUUGAAACUGAGCGUGGAGGCUUCCGCCGGACCUUCUCUCGCUCAGAACGAGCCGGAGUGAGGACUUAUGUCAGCACUAUACGCAUUCCCAUCAGAAGGAUUUCCGAUGCUGGACUCGGUGAGGCCACAUCCCUAGCUCUGCAGUCCAUGAUCCGGCAGAUCAUGACUGGCUUUGGAGAGCUCAGCUACUUCAUGGACUCUGACUCAGACUCUUUGGACUCAAACCGUGGCCCUGGCACCUCUGCAGAUGUUGCUGACACGCUGGGGAAUCCCAGUGUCUCUGUGGCCGAUGCCUCCGAAGGUAGUGCCGGACUCUCAGGCCAGGCCGACCCAGAAGCGCGGCGGGAGGAGAGGGAGAACGGCACCCCCAGAGGCACGGCUCCCCGAGAGGGCAGAGCAAGGCCUCGAGCCCCUGUUAGCCUAGAAGAGACGGGCUCUCUGCCCUUUCUGCGGCUUGCACAUUUCUUCCUGCUCAACGAUGAAGAAGACGACCAGCCUCGGGGCCUCACCAAAGAACAGAUUGACAACCUCUCCAUGCGCAACUUUGGUGAGAGUGAUGCGCUCAAGACCUGCAGUGUCUGCAUCACAGAGUAUGCAGAAGGCAACAAGCUUCGCAAGCUGCCCUGCUCGCAUGAGUACCACGUGCACUGCAUUGACCGCUGGCUUUCUGAGAACUCCACGUGCCCCAUCUGUCGCCGGGCAGUGCUAGUUUCUGCCGACCGUGAGAGCGUUGUUUAGCUGUAUAGCAUUUAGUAUCUUGUGAUGUGAGGUGUCUCAGACAUGGUCAAACCCAAUCCAUUUUAGACCAUCUAAGUUUUACCAGAUGUGUAGAGGCACCUACUUUGAUGCGUUCAUAUUAUAUCCUUUUUUUUCCACUUGUGCUGAAAUGUUGAUUUGAUUCAUAAAUAUAUAUUAAAUAAUUUUUUCCCCAACAAAACAGUUUGAUUACAUUGCAACCUUGUGAACACCAGUAACUGAGAAAUAGUCACUAACUAAAUUAAUCAUUUGUGUUCAUAUGAGACCAAGUGCAAUUUGAUUUUUAUGGCAUUUUGGUUGUUGAAGGAUUUAUUUAUUUACAGUAGUGUUUUUUCUUUGUUUUAGGGGGUUUUGUUUGUUUUUUUGAAACAUUGUUUGGAUCCAUUGUAAUGAGCUCAUUCACACAAUUUCAGUUCCUCAGCAAACGUUAACCAGCAUCAUUAUUACAUCAGUGAACUUUAAAAAUGUAAUAUUAAAUGCUUUUAUUAUAUAGGCUAGGUUUGGUUUUGGCUUAACAAGUAUGUUUCGUUCAGCUUUGGAUUGGGUCUAGUGCGACAGAAGUCCAGUGUAAUGGACCAAAAUACAUGGUCAAUGGGAGUUCAUUAAAAAUACUUUUUAGACUAGGACUGUUCCUAAUCUGUGUAAGGAAUACCAUGCCUCAGUGUUAAUCCAACUGAGGAUCAGACUUUUCUAAAGAAAUAUCCAUGAAUGUUUUGGUAAAGUGGAAAAAUGACUCAAAUAUGAGGAUCAGACAUCAUGUUGCCAUCAGGUUGCAUUUGUUUCCCAGGCUUUUCAACUUUGAAAGAGGUGUACCAAGAUACUGACUCAAACCAUUUCAUCGUCUGCAGAAAUUUAGGGGACUUUGGCUGCAUAUCACAAAUGUUAGUGCAAUAUUUAUGAAUGGGAGGACUAAAGAAAUUGAUGUGGAUGAACUUUGUGUAGACUGAAUAUUCACAUUUAAAAUGAAGAUUUAUCUCCUGGAAAGCAAUGCGUCUCUACAAGUUCUGUAGAUUUUGCAAUAGCACUACUCUUGUGUGCUGAACUCAAACACUUAGAAGGGUGUUACUAUUUUGUCAUAUUAUCCAGUAGUAGGUUUAACUGUGUUUAAUGAAUAAAGUUGGUGGUUGAAAAGCUGUUAUGUAUAAUCAGUAAAAAUGGAAGUAUCAUAAGGUCUUCAGUGCUUAUAAACUGAAAACCAAUUCCAAGUAUUGUCUGACUAUCCAUUUAAGUUUUCCACAGUUGGCAUGCAUUCUCUAAUGUCCUUUAAUAUACUUCAAUUUGGACAGUUUUAAAGACAUGAAUUUCAUAUUAAUAUCAUUCCAGUGAAUGAUGUUGCUUUUUAGGUUAUAUGCUUCAAAAAUAUUUUAUUAGUUGCUGGUGUUGCUAAUUUUAGGCUUCCAAAGUGAGUUAAGUGUUAAUUUCUCUCUGUUUUUCCCUAGUUUCCCCUGUUCCUUUACAACAAGGUUGUGUGUGUAUACCUGCUCACCAAAUUAAAUUAAACCUUCAAUUGCCUGUU